AUGAAUUUCACAGGCUGCUUUAAGAAUCCAACAGCAAAGCAUGCUUUUUAUUUGUCCGUGAUUGGUUGCGCUGUGGAAGGCCUCUUCACUGCCGUUGGACUCGCUGGAUACUUUGUGCUUGGAUCGCCACUGCUACUGGUAUAUGGACUUGAGAAUGUAGUGGACUUUAUUAGUAGUGCUGUGGUGCUGUGGCGGUUCUACGCUCCUGGAGAAUUGACAAAGGCACGAGAGCUGGAACUUGCAAGUCGUGAAGAGAGGGCCGGUGUUGCCGUCAGCUUUCUAAUUCUACUGCUGGGUUGCUUGGUCGUUCCUGCGGCCGUGGGAGAUCUAGAAGAAGGCGCUCCUACAGAUCAAGAAGUCGAUGCUGCCCUGGAAUUGGUAAUGAUCAUUUCGUUCUUGAGCGUUACGAUCUUUACUAGCUUGACGUACUUGAAACUCAAAUAUGCAAGAAUUUUGAAUAGUGAAUCUCUUCACAAAGAUGGACUGUGUUCGGUCAUUGGACUAUUGCUAUCGACUCUCAUUUUCAUCACCUCCUGGCUCAUUAAUAAAUAUCCAAUCCUUUGGAAAAUCGAUGCUUACGGCGCAAUGCUGUGUGGUUCCAUUGCCAUCUUCAUUGGGUCGCACGGUAUAAUAACGGCAGUCAUGAAAAAGGAUUUGCCGAUUUUUUCGAUUACAUUCUGGAAGGGUGAGACCGGAACUGAGCCCACCAAUCUUGCAGCAGGAGCCAACGAGCCAAAAACACAGCUUUCGGAAGUGGUUUGA